AUGGAAUUUUUAAAAAGUUUUGAUUUGGAUGACGACAUAGAAUUCGUUGAGACAUUCUUCAAUGUUGUGCAACACGUUCACGCCGAAGAAAGUUCGAAUGCAGUGCGUACAAGGGCGGUCGUCAAUCGUGAUCGCCAAGCUGCACACGACUUAUUGGUACGUGAUUACUUUGCCGAUAAUUGUCUUUAUAAUGACGACUCAUUCGAACGUCGUUUCCGUCUGAAUAAGGCUAUAUUUUUACGUAUUAGUAAUGUUUUAGAAUCUCGUUAUGAUUUUUUCAAACAAAAACCCGAUGCUAGAGGAAGAAUGGGUUUUAGUAGUAUACAAAAAUGUGUGGCUGCUCUUAGGUAUUUAGGAUACGGUAUAGCAUUUGAUGCAUCUGACGAAUACUUGAAAGUAUCCGAGAGGACCGCAGUUGAAUGCAUAGAUUGGUUUUCUGCAUGUGUUUAUGAGGUUUUUCACGAAGAAUAUUUGCGUAAACCUACUCAACGUGAUAUUGAGAGAUUAUAUUCAGCUCAUGAAGAGAGGCAUGGAUUUCCUGGUAUGCUUGGCAGUCUAGAUUGUACGCAUGUGGCUUGGGAAAAAUGUCCAACUGCAUGGCGUGGUCAGUUCACUCGAGAAGAUAUAGGUGAACCAACUAUCAUCCUAGAAGCUGUUGCAUCUCAAGAUUUGUGGAUAUGA